AAAGUUUUGUAUACAUGCAAGCGAAAAGUUCUCACAUUGGACCAUGAAUUUAGGAAAGGAUUUGACCGUUAGUGACCUGGAAGCUAAGAUCAAAACUGACCGGCCAGAUUUAGAAGAAAUAAACAUCGAACUAUAUAGGAAAGAUUUCUUUCAAGAAAAUAAUGUUCUAAUCAAUACUGUGAAUAGCGAUAAACCUGAAAAAAGACAAGGGGUAUGGAUGGACCCGCAAAAAAAAAUUUCUCAAUGCUUUUCCUUGGGGGAAGAAGACUCUGCAUCGCCUUUUCCUCUAGAAGAAGGUAAAAUAGCCGGCUUAAAACCUAUUAACAUCAUCAUAUACCCCCAGGUGGAGUUGGAAAAAAAGCCUCCCUCGGAUAUUGGACUCUAGCGAAUCAGAAAGCAAACUUCGCGCGAUCCCUACAGGAGAUCCGCUUGCGCUGUCCAUUUUCUGAAAUAAUUAGUAUUUUUUUAUCAUGCUAUGUAAUAGUUUUUAUGUAAUGUUAAGCCGGUUCCGGCAACAUUUUUAUUUCAUAAAUAAAGUAUUAUUAUUGUACUGUACAUGAGAAAGGGUCA